UUAUCACACUUCUUCCAUAUCAUAUUACUUGUAAAAAUCUCUUUGCUCAUCUCUCACUAGGAUUAACCUCUAUUUUGUCCCUCUCUUCUGAUCCUCCACUGCUUCUCACCACUUCCUGACUCUCUUUUCUGAUAUUUGCCAGUGUGAAACAGCAUUAGCUCAGACCAAAAUCAGUACUUCCCUAUACAAAACUCACUGUUCAAGUCUUAAUAUUUGCCUACUUUUCUUUUCUUUCCCAUCACUUCCUCUUCUUCAGCCUUUUUUGCUUUACCCAUCUGAUUCCCAUUUCUACACCAGUUUUUCAUUCUUCACCCUUUUAGCUUUUGGGGUCUCCAUUUUCCUUUCCUCAAAUAUCACUGUGUUUUUCUUUUGAAACUAAAAAAGAAAAGCCUUUGAGAACUCAAAUCGGUCUCUUCCCUUUUCCCUUUCUUUUGAACAAACUUUCCCACCGUAUCUUCUUUUUAUCAUCAUCCACUUCGCUCAAAGAUUUCAUUUCCAUAUCUCUCUUUUUACCAAAUUUCUAAUAGGGAUAGUCACUCUCUUGCUUCCCCCUGGUUGUUGUUAGUUUUAUUCUUUUUCCUCUCCAUGAAAGAAGCUGAUCAUGAUGAGACCAUCCCUCACUUGUUUAGAUGUCCAAUAAGUCUUGAUUUGUUUAAGGAUCCUGUCACUCUUUGCACAGGACAGACCUAUGAAAGAUCAAGCAUUGAGAAAUGGUUGGCAUCUGGGAAUCUCACAUGUCCUGUUACAAUGCAGAAGCUUCAUGAUCCUUCUUUUGUUCCUAAUAAUACUCUUCGUCAUUUGAUUUGUCAGUGGCUUCAGAUGAGUGAUCAAAUAAACCCUCACUGCGUUUCUGCUAUUGAUUCUAUGGCUGCUUUGAGAACUAAACUUGAAUCUGAUGAGUUUUCUUAUGAAUACAAACUCCAAGUUCUCCAACGAGUUAGAAUUUUAUGUGAAGAGUUUUCUUCUCGUAAUUCUUGUUUGAUCCAAUUUGGGUUCUUGUCAGUGCUUUUGGAGUUGGUUUUUGGGGAAGCAGAAGCUAAACUAUCAAAAGAAUAUCAGGAAUUUGUAGAGCACGCGCUUAGUUUUAUGGUUGCUGUGGUUUCUGAUGAUCAGAUACAGUCCCUAAAUGUGCUAAUGGAUGAGUCUAAAUUAUCAAGGUUCAUGGUUUUGUUCAGUCAUGGCACUCCCAUGAUCAAAAUCAGUUUGUGUCAUUUGGUUGAGGUAAUUUCAUCUUCAGUUAAGACUAAAGAUCUUGGUGCUUUACUCGGAAACACCACCGAGUUAUUGAGAGAAAUCGUGCAACUUCUACACCAUAACUCGGAGGCCUCCGAUGCAGCAACCAAAGCCAUAUGUUCACUUAGUAACUUGGAACAAAACAUCAACAAUUUGGUUGUGGAAGGUGCAGUUACUGGACUUAUCUCAUACAUUUCUAAUGCUCAACAACGAGAUAGAAGCUCUGCACAAGUGGCAAUGGCAGCAAUUGAGAAACUUUUGGUACUGAGAAGUGCAAAAGAGGAAGUGGUAAAUAAUCCAGAUGGUGUAAAUGCUAUUGUGAAGAUGGUUUUUAGAGUAUCAGAUCAUGGAGGCAGUGAAAAUGCUGUUGGUUCACUUAUAAUUUUAUGUUAUGAUUCAGUAGAAGCAAGAGAAAAGGCCAUUAGAGGUGGUGUUUUGAGUCAGUUGCUUCUGCUUCUGCAAAGUCAGUGCUGCGCAAAGACCAAAACAAAGGCAAGAAUCCUGCUUAAGCUUCUUAGAUCCAAGUGGGUUGAGGACAAAAGGAAUAUGUAAUGUGUGAUGAUAAUAUUCUAUCCCUCAACCUUUAUGGGGUCUCUAUUUUUUCCUUUCAAAUGUGAAUCUUUACAUUAUAGCCAGCAAAUUUGAUUGGCUAAAGAAGAAAUAUCUAAUAGGGUACAAUCAUCAGGUAUAGAAAAAUUCACUCAUUGGAGAUUUUCAGUCACAUGCCAAUGCAUUUCAGUAUCAUUACAUUCAGAAUGAAAAGCCACAUUCUGCAUAUGAAACCUCUAAUUAUAAUAUACCUGCCUAUCUCAUCAAUCAAA